UGACAUCACUGCUCCUGCAGCCACACCACCAAGGAAAGGAUGCUAUUAAAAUCUUUGGGACGGGGCUAAAUGAUGUUGCAUUGCAGACCCUAAUAUGGUUAAUGCAGGAGACAUGAAUGGUUCUGGCAACCUGAUGGAUUUUUUGGAUGAGCCUUUCCCUGACGUUGGGACUUAUGAAGAUUUCCACACCAUCGACUGGCUGCGGGAGAAAUCCCGAGACACCGACAGGCACAGAAAGAUUACAAGCAAAAGUAAGGAGUCCAUAUGGGAGUUCAUCAAGAGUUUGCUGGAUGCCUGGUCAGGAUGGGUUGUAAUGCUUCUCAUAGGACUGCUGGCAGGCACGCUGGCCGGAGUGAUAGAUUUAGCUGUGGACUGGAUGACAGACCUGAAGGAGGGUGUCUGCUUAUCUGCCUUCUGGUACAGCCACGAGCAGUGCUGCUGGACGUCUAACGAAACUACAUUCGAUGACAGGGACAAAUGUCCCCAGUGGCAGAAAUGGUCUGAGCUUCUUGUAAACCAGUCUGAGGGUGCAAGUGCUUACAUUCUAAACUAUUUUCUAUACAUUAUGUGGGCUCUAUGUUUUGCUUUCCUGGCAGUCUCUCUGGUCAGAGUGUUUGCUCCCUAUGCUUGCGGCUCUGGAAUCCCAGAGAUAAAAACCAUCCUGAGUGGGUUCAUUAUUAGGGGCUACCUGGGAAAGUGGACACUUUUAAUCAAAACAGUCACCUUGGUUCUGGUGGUGUCUUCAGGCCUCAGCCUCGGGAAAGAAGGGCCCUUAGUUCAUGUGGCCUGUUGCUGUGGAAACUUCUUCAGCAGCCUCUUCUCAAAGUACAGCAAGAAUGAAGGAAAGAGAAGAGAGGUGCUUUCAGCUGCAGCAGCUGCAGGAGUUUCUGUUGCCUUUGGGGCUCCGAUUGGAGGUGUACUUUUUAGUUUGGAAGAGGUCAGUUAUUACUUUCCUCUGAAAACCCUCUGGAGGUCAUUUUUUGCCGCUCUUGUGGCCGCCUUCACACUGAGAUCCAUCAAUCCCUUUGGAAACAGCCGGCUGGUGCUUUUCUACGUGGAGUAUCAUACCCCCUGGUACAUGGCGGAGCUUUUCCCUUUCAUUCUGCUUGGCGUCUUCGGGGGUCUCUGGGGGACUCUGUUCAUCCGGUGCAACAUUGCUUGGUGCAGAAGGCGAAAAACCACCAGGCUGGGGAAAUACCCCGUGCUGGAGGUUAUCGUGAUAACUGCCAUCACGGCCAUCAUCGCGUACCCCAACCCCUACACGCGGAGGAGCACCAGUGAGUUGAUCUCGGAGCUCUUCAAUGACUGCGGUGCCCUGGAGUCCUCGCAGCUCUGCGACUACAUCAACGACCCAAACAUGACCCGACCCGUGGAUGACAUUCCUGACAGACCUGCCGGCCCCGGCGUCUACACGGCGAUGUGGCAGCUCGCCUUGGCCCUGGUGUUUAAAAUUGUCAUCACGAUAUUUACUUUUGGCAUGAAGAUCCCUUCAGGCCUUUUCAUUCCCAGCAUGGCUGUUGGGGCCAUGGCUGGCAGGAUGGUUGGGAUCGGAGUAGAGCAGCUGGCGUAUCACCAUCAUGACUGGAUCGUCUUCAGGAACUGGUGCAGACCUGGGGCAGACUGUGUCACACCGGGACUUUAUGCUAUGGUGGGAGCUGCAGCUUGCCUGGGUGGUGUUACCCGUAUGACUGUCUCACUGGUGGUGAUCAUGUUUGAGCUCACUGGAGGCCUGGAGUACAUCGUACCUCUGAUGGCUGCUGCUGUCACAAGCAAGUGGGUGGCAGACGCCUUUGGGAAAGAAGGGAUCUACGAGGCUCACAUCCACCUGAACGGUUACCCAUUUCUGGAUGUGAAGGAUGAAUUCACUCACCGAACGCUGGCAACGGAUGUCAUGAGGCCAAGGCGGGGUGAAGCUCCUCUCUCCGUUCUGACACAGGACAGCAUGACUGUGGAGGAUGUUGAGACAUUGAUCAAGGAGACAGACUACAACGGCUUUCCAGUAGUGGUUUCUAAAGACUCAGAGAGACUCAUUGGAUUUGCGCAGAGACGAGAGCUGAUUCUUGCCAUAAAGAACGCCAGACAGCGGCAGGAUGGGGUGGUGAGCAACUCCAUCGUGUAUUUCACUGAAGAUCCCCCAGAACUGCCACCCAACAGUCCCCAUCCCCUGAAGCUGCGGCGUAUUCUCAACCUGAGCCCUUUCACUGUCACCGACCACACGCCAAUGGAGACAGUGGUGGAUAUCUUCCGGAAACUGGGGCUCCGCCAGUGUCUGGUCACUCGCAGUGGGAGGCUGCUGGGUAUCAUAACUAAAAAGGAUGUAUUAAGACAUAUGGCUCAAAUGGCAAACCAGGACCCUGAAUCUAUCAUGUUUAACUAGCCUGAUAAAGGAAGAAGAGGGAAAGUAACCUCAAAGGGAUCCCUUCUAGAUUAACACAAAGGCUAUGUUUGGUGUUUCAUUUUGUUUAAAGAGAAAAUGUAAUGUGGAUGAGGAAUGGCCCAAUAUACCUCUGGCAGAGGGAGUGGAUGCAGGAUGGCACUUAUUUAAUGAUGUAGGCAGUUUAGAAGCUCAGAGCAGCUGCAGACAUCAAGCUGUGUUUCCUUAAUGAGUUUCCUAACAGCUCAAUUGCUGCAUUUGUGGGUGUGUAAGUGAUGUGGUGCUUAGAGGCAAAGAGCCAGGAGCACCAGUGGGAUACAUCGACAUUCAUAGUAACUCAUGAGGCAGGUGUGAAGACUAGCAGACACUGUUUGUGUGCAAGUUAUUAACAGAUACAAAGCUUUGUGCUCCAGACUAGCGAGUGUGUGUGAGUAAUGUCAGUUGUUUUUGUUCCUGAAAUCAUGCCUAUUUACUAGCUAGACUGAAUUAUUA